AUGAUGCAAAGUGCGGCGGUCCUACCGACAGAGAGUCCAGUAAAGAGUUUACCGGAGAUCCUCGGCGUGCCACUGCAACAGAUCCCUCAGUGUGCCGGCUGUAGUCAGCACAUCCUGGACAAGUUCAUCCUGAAGGUGCUGGACAGACACUGGCACUCCAAGUGCCUCAAGUGCGCCGACUGUCAGACUCCGCUAUCGGACAAAUGUUUCUCCCGGGCAGGAAGCGUCUACUGCAAGGAGGAUUUCUUCAAGCGAUUUGGAACAAAAUGUGCAUCAUGCCAACAGGGGAUCCCUCCGACGCAGGUUGUGCGGAAGGCGCAGGACUUUGUGUAUCACCUGCACUGCUUUGCCUGCAUCAUGUGCAGCCGACAACUGGCCACCGGGGACGAGUUUUACCUCAUGGAGGAUGGGAGGCUGGUGUGUAAGGUGGAUUAUGAGACUGCAAAACAAAACGAUGAUUCAGAGGCUGGGACCAAGCGACCAAGGACCACCAUCACGGCGAAGCAGCUAGAGACCCUCAAAAGUGCCUACAAAAACUCGCCGAAGCCAGCACGCCACGUCAGAGAGCAGCUGUCCUCGGAGACGGGGCUAGACAUGAGAGUAGUGCAGGUGUGGUUCCAGAACCGGCGAGCAAAGGAAAAGCGUCUGAAAAAAGACGCAGGUCGACAUCGCUGGACUCAGUUUUAUAAAAGUGUCAAACGCAGCCGAGGAGGAACUAAAGUGGAGAAGGAAAGCUCGGCGGAUGACGCAGGACUCAGCGACAGUGAGCUGAGCUUCAGAGAUGACCAGGUCCUGUCAGAUCUCGGCCACACCAACGGGCUUUAUGGGAGUGUCGGUGACGUGACCAGCAGCGGGGUGCUGAAUGGUGGCUUCUCAGUCGACGCAGCGGGACAACCCUACCACGACAUCCGAGCAGGAAGCCCCUACGGUCUCCCUCAGUCACCCUCCUCCAUCACUUCUCUGCCCGGCCACACCCCUCUCCUCAACAACCUAGGCUUCAAUAUGGACAGUCUGGUGGUGCAGGGCGGGCCGGGCGGCGUGGGACAGGCCCUGAGGGCCAUGGCAGGGGGCCCAACCUCAGACCUCUCCACAGGCAGCAGUACAGGAUACCCUGAUUUCCCCACCAGCCCCGCGUCAUGGCUGGAUGAGAUGGACCAUUCCCAGUUUUGAGUCUUGAGCACGGUAGAAGAUCAUUGUAGGGAUACGACAAAACAGACUCACAAAGCUUUUUACAUUACUUUCUAUCACCCUCCAAGACUGGUAUGUUUUGUGAUUUUGGGUGAAGAGGAGAAGGAAGAGAAGAAGUGUCAGUCCCUCAGCAGUUGUUAACGGUGAGGUAACAACCGCAUCAAGAUGUGCAGCCCGGAUAAAAGCAGUGAAGAACACCUCCACACCACUGAAUGUUCAAUCUCAACACUGAAUCAUACACUUAUUGUUAUCAUCUGACUUUAUUUUGUCCUUUCACUCUGAAUAUGUGACUGGAUUUCCAAAAUUUUUCAGUGGAUUUUUGCUCACUGGGGAAUUAAUAUUGGCUCACCUCCCAAAUUAAACCAUCCCUGUCUAUCAGCUACAACAAUAGGGCUACAAUCUAGAUCAAAGUCCCUAUGCGACCCAGGAGGCACCUGCAUGCUUCUUGAUUGAUAAUGAGUAGGACUGCUGUCUGGCCAUAUCAAAGCCUUUACAUUGGCGAUGCACUUUACUCUCCUCUUCUUUUUUUGUUUUUUACACAUAUGGACAGGAAUGCAGAGAGAGGAAGAGAGAAAAAGAGGAGAGACAUAUGCACAAGGCAAAAACACAGUGUUUCAUUGGGAGAGAAAUUUACAAGAACAGUGGCACAAGUAUGAAUUUUGAACCAUGCUGAUGUUUUUUAAUGUAUUGCUGACGCUUACAAGUUAAUAGGAAGUAGAUGGCCGUUGGUCUGUCUGUCCGUCUGUCUGUCCGUAGAAAUUGAUGUCUCCUCUGUUUGAGUGAGGGCGAACACUGUUUGCUACACAGCAGGUCUCUCUUCUAUAUUUAUAGGUGCUUGACUUGUUCUUGUCUGUGUAAAAGCUGUCUGAGAGCGGACAUCUGUCAGUAUUAAACUAUCUGUUUCCAGACUCACCGGGCAUCAAAUGUUAUGUGUUGGAGGACAGUUAAGAAGUUUGGGGUUUGGAGAAAACCAACUCUAUCCAUUCUAGUAAUAUAUAACACAUCAAAAUGAUUAAUUUAUUUUUUGUUUGAAUGCACAGAUUUAAGACAAGGAGAUAUCAAUUUAUAGACAUGCAGAUUUCUUUGCAGAUAUUACUGAGCAAAUUAAAUGGUUACACAAAAUACAAAACAUUCAUUUAACAUUCAAAACCCCAACAAGUAUUAGUAGGAACACUGAUAAAGAUUUGCUUUGUGUUGGCUAUUUCCUCAGUCUGAUCCAAGCGUCUCUUGGUAAUCUACUCAGUCCAGCAGAGCACUAGCUUUGCCUGCUAUCAUCCUACUUACGAACCCCAGAUGUGUUGUCAGUCUGUUCUCCCCCUGCCUGGCCUCCAUGUCAGAGGGAUUACCACAGAGCCCCCCCACUAUCAGGGCCAAUACUCUGUAGCUUCAGACCGCUGGGCUGAUAAUGUUUCCUACAGUUCAGGCCACAUCAGCCACAUCUUAAAGCCCCCCAACGACAAGUGAGACGGAAGGAUGGUUCACUUAAAGUGCAACCCCUGGUUCUGACUCUCUUGAAAUACAAAUUUUCUUUGAGCUGUAAGAGCAACUAAUUGUUUGAUCUAAGGGAAGGUUUACUUAAAUACACAUCUUUACUCUUAUUUCUGUUUUGUCAAGUGAAGAAAUGAAAUUAAAUCGUAUAUAUGUGGGCACCUUUUCGCAAACAAUUGCCAAGUCCUUUUUGUUUUUUUUACCAGAGCAUCCUAUUUGAGAGCCAGAAAGCAAAUCAACUAACAGAAAGUGACACCAUUAAGAAAAUCACUUAACACUUUGGAUUACAGCCCGCAAAUUGCAGCAUAAUUAUCUACUAAUUACAUGGUAUCAAUGAAAUACUUACUGUGUAACUAAAUUCAUUUGUACA